AACAUAGUAGACCAGACGGAAAAGCAACAUCCGAUUAGUUUAAAAUGAGUAAUGGAUUCUAGCUCUCAGCAUCCACCUUGUACUGUGUUCUUUGAUUUAGAGACAACUGGUCUGGACCGCUCCUGUGACCUGGUCCAGCUGGCGGCAGUGAGUGGGAGUCACACUUUCAACCUCUUUAUGGUUCCUCGUCGGCCGAUGCAACCCGGCGCUUCCAGGAUCACAGGUUUCAGUGUGAGACGCCAGCGUCUGCUUCUCCACCGCAGGCCGGUUCUCACCAGCUCUCUCCGAGAAGCCCUGGUCUCCUUCAUCACCUUCCUCCAGAUGUUGGGUCGGCCGCUCCUGGUGGGUCACAACAUCCGCAGGUUCGACUGUCCUGUUCUGGCCAGAGCACUGGAUGAGUUCAGCCUUAGGUCAGACUUCCAGAAACACCUGGGUGGAUUCGUGGACACUCUUCCGUUGGCCCGACAGCUUCUCAAAGACAGCGGCCUUCAGAGCUUCAAGCAGGAGAGCCUGGUUAAGAGCCUCCUGGGAGUUUCAUACGCGGCCCAUAAUGCUCUAGAGGACGUGCAAGCGCUGCAGAGACUCUACUGGGCCCUCAAGCCCACGGCCAAUCAGAUUCAGCAGCACAUUUUCACUCUGGACUCAUUGGCUGCUGCAUCUGUCAAUCAUUAGGAGCAUUAUCAAAUGUGUUGA